CAUGACUAUCAACCCUUGACCGCCGAAACGUCCGUUGCUGUUGAUAAUGGAAAUCGUCGGCUUUUGGGCGGGCAUAAGGCAAACUUUGUCUUAGCAUCCAAAAAUAUCAAGUAUCAAGAGCAGCUGUUCUCCAUCAUCAGGAACGCCUUCAGAAACAGAUCAUAUGACGGCUGGUGCCAAGGAAAGAUACCAGCAGCAAGUAUGAGUUCUGAUCUGAAUUGCUGGUUAGGGUUGGGCUGCAAGACCUGA